AUGGGCCGGGCCGCUCUACACUAUGGGUCCAUAUUGGGCCAGGUGGCAUCAAGAAGUCAGCCCAGCCCUUCUCCCGGUUGCGUCUUCUUCUUCCCUCCCAUCCACCCUGCAAUCGCUGUCGCAGAAAUUUUGCAGAGGCUGAGGAAGAAUCCGACAAUGGGGGCGGUCGAGCUGAAGAAAAACCGGAACUUUAGCUCACAGCAGCUGAACCCCAACUGGGCUGAGCUCCAGAAAAAGCUGAAAACUCUCAGCUCGAAACCUCGUAGACCCUCGGACGCGUCGGAUUUGGGACCUUCUAAAUCGGUGUUAGGAAAGCGCAAGGAUCGGGAUGGUACAGAACCUGAUGAUUCUCAGCCUAAUCCUCUGAUUCCAACCCACGAUGAUUGCAGUCUGACAGAUGUGUUAGGAAUGGAUUGUGAAAUGGUUGGUGUUGGUGAAGGAAAUAAAAGUGCACUUGGGCGAGUGACUCUGGUAAACAAGUGGGGUAAUGUUGUAUAUGAUGAGUUCGUUCGCCCGAUGGAUCGUGUUGUGGACUUCCGUACACAUAUUAGUGGCAUUCGACCCCGAGAUUUAAGAAAAGCAAAGGAUUUCCAGGUAGUUCAGAAGAAGGUGGCAGAGCUAAUAAAAGGAAGGAUUAUUGUGGGCCAUGCUUUGCAUAACGAUCUUAAGGUACUACUAUUGAGUCAUCCCAAGGAGGAUAUAAGGGACACCUCGCAGUAUCAACCUUUUCACAAAGAAGGGCGCCGAAAGGCUCUACGGCACCUUGCAGCUGAGUUCCUAAAUGUUACUAUACAGAAUGGGGAGCACAAUCCGGUAGAGGAUGCUCGUGCAGCAAUGAUGCUAUACCUGAAGAAUAACAAGAGAUGGGAGAAGAUCGUCAAAGACCAAAUCAAACUCCAAAAGAAGCAGAAGAAACGGAAGCCAAAGAAGAAACCUAGACAAAAAGACGCUUCUUUACGAGUCGAUCCUGCUUCGACUGCAUCCUAGCAUAUCCCGUGGUUUGGCCGAAGUCCAUAUGUUCUAACAGAAGCUGACUGAGCAAGAUGAAGAUAAAACACUGGAAAGGACCUGAUUUCAACAAUUGUUAUUAUUAUAUGUUUGGACGGCUGAAAUGGAACAAAAUGGAAGAUGAUGCAGGCCAGCAACGAAGAGGCCAUUUUCUUCAUCAAUUUCUUCUUCCAGUACUCGUUCCUCACUUAGUGGCAAUUUUUUGUUGAAAUGUCAUUGCCAAUGAAAUAUGUACUUCAGUAGCGGAGAAUUGAUGUGCACAUUGUAAUCAAAGGUGGCGGUGCGUAUGAGAAUUAAAGGAACAAAUUUUACCUUCUGCAACCUUCUUGUACGAAUAUAGUCUGUAUGAUGUGGAAUCAUUUCAAAUAUAGAUGAAUGGCAUUGCAUCAUUGUAUGAA